GUCCACACUUUGAAUCUCAGGAUUUUUUAUAUGUGAAGGGGAAGGGAAGUUUGCACGAUUUUCAGGUGCUUGCAAUAAUGCUAUAUAUAGCCAAAUAUGUUUUUGGAGGAUAAAAAAAAAACAGAAAAAGAAGAGCAGCAAUAAUGUGUCAUUCCUUCAUUCUCUGCAUCAACAAGCGAAGCUGCUAGUAGUAUCUAGGGUUGCCCCUGUAGUUAAGUCCAAUUUCUGCUGUUGCCGACGUCAUUCUCAUAACUUGCCGACAUGAAGCUAACGGUGAAGACUUUGAAAGGAAGGAAUUUUGAAAUCAGGGUCCAUCCCUCCGACACUGUCAUGGCAGUUAAGAAGAACAUUGAAGAUGUACAAGGAAAAGAUAAUUAUCCAUGUGGGCAGCAAUUGCUGAUUCACAAUGGCAAGGUGUUGAAAGAUGAGUCUACAGUAGCAGAGAACAAUGUCUCUGAAGAUGGAUUUAUUGUUGUAAUGCUUGGCAAGAAUAAAACCUUCAGUUCAGCUGGGGCUUCAUCCACUCAGCCUGCUAGUAAUACAACUGCAACUGUGUCUGCGUCAAAUUCCAGUCCAGUACCCAAUCCACCAGAACAAACUCAGGCCGCAAACAACAGAACCUCAGCAGCACAUGCCACGUUAACAAAUGUACCUACAGAUACUUAUGGUGAGGCUGCUUCAAAUUUAGUUGCUGGUACUAAUCUUGAACAGACUAUUCAACAAAUUAUGGACAUGGGUGGUGGCAACUGGGACAGAGAGACAGUUAGUCGUGCUCUUCGGGCAGCUUUUAGUAACCCAGAGCGUGCUGUAGAUUACUUGUACUCUGGAAUUCCUGAGGCAACAGCAGUUGCUGAACCAGUUGCUCAGUUUCCAGCGACUCAAACAACCGAAGCGAGUGAGGCUACUGCCAGAGCUGUUCCUGGAGCACCGAACUCAUCUCCCUUAAACAUGUUUCCUCAGGAGGCACUUGGAGCUGACGCUGGACUCGGAUCUCUUGACUUCCUUAGAGACAAUCCCCAGUUUCAAGCAUUGCGGUCGAUGGUGCAUUCCAAUCCGCAAAUACUACAGCCUGUGCUUCAGGAGCUAGGAAAGCAGAAUCCCAAUCUUUUAAGAAUGAUUGAAGAACAUAAUGCUGAGUUUCUCCAAUUAAUUAACGAACCAGUUGAAGGUUCUGAAGGGGACAUCUUUGACCAGCCUGAGCUAGACAUGCCUCAUUCCAUCAAUGUGACGCCAGCUGAGCAGGAAGCAAUUGGAAGGCUUGAGGCUAUGGGAUUUGAUAGAGCCUCAGUUAUAGAAGCAUUUUUGGCAUGUGACCGGGAUGAACAGUUGGCAGCCAACUAUUUGUUGGAGAAUGCUGGAGAUUUUGACGAUUGAAUUAUAGUUUGUUUUGCCUUGGCUUUUUAUUUUUGGGGAGGGAGAGAGAUUUCUGAAGGCAGGGUUUGGGUUGGGAUCGGCAUAUUCAAGUCAUUGAAACAAAAAUGUCUGUUACAAUGGAUUGUAGGAUAUAAUUUUUAUGGAAGGGGUUCUAACCAACCAUUAGUCAUGUAAGGUCCAAUUGUAAGGUGAUCACUUUUUCUACCAUUGCAUCUGUCAUAAAAUGUAAAUUACUAUUACCAACUCAAGUUGGCAUGAGUGGCUGAGCGCUGGAGUCUUUUGUUAUUUAACCAAA